AUGCAGAUCUCACCACCCCGCAACGCCCACGCAUUUUCCAAUAAGCGAACACUGAAAUCAACUCCUUAUCUGAACCCUUACGCCUCUUCUCGACCACGACAAGCAUCUUCAACCUCAUCUCUUCGCAUUCCUCUCGCGGCCACAAACCGUAACGCACGAGAACGCGCUCCGAUUCGUCAGGUUCAACAACCAGAGUCGGAAGUUAGUAUUAUUGUCACGACGUGGGAUGAUGAGGGGAAGUGCUGGUAUCCGGUCGAGGCUUAUGGUCCUAUUGGAGAGCAUUUGAACAAAUUUAUCGAGGCUAGGAGAAGAGCUAAGCAAAUGAAUGAGAGGAGAGAUUCGGAGUAA